ACGAAGAAACUGCAUUUUCGCACACAGUGAAGCGUGUUUGUGCGUUAAAAUGGCGGCUGCAGGAUUCUACCGGCGCUCUCUUCCUUCUCCCCCUGCCGUUGAUUUCUCUUCUCCUCCAGGCAAGGAACUGUUCAAAGAGGCCCUUCACAAUGGAAAUAUGGAAGGUUUUUUCAAUUUGAUCUCUCAUUUUCAGACGCAAUCAGAGCCUGCUUAUUGUGGUUUGGCGACUCUUGCAAUGGUCUUGAAUGCUCUUGGCAUAGAUCCCUGUAGAAAAUGGAAAGGGCCUUGGAGGUGGUUUGACGAAACCAUGCUGGACUGCUGCGAGCCAUUGGACAAGGUUAAGGCCAAGGGUAUAUCAUUUGGGAAGGUAAUAUGCUUGGGACAUUGUGCAGGUGCUAAAGUUGAAUCUUUUCGCACAAAUCAGAGCUCUAUUGAUGAAUUCCGCAAUCAUGUAGUGGCAUGCUCUACAUCUGAGGAUCGUCACAUUAUUGCAUCAUAUACUAGAAGAGCUUUUAAGCAGACUGGAGCAGGUCAUUUUUCGCCAAUUGGUGGAUAUCAUGCUGAGAUGGAUAUGGUACUCAUUCUGGAUGUUGCAAGAUUUAAAUAUCCCCCACACUGGGUUCCCCUCACACUUCUUUGGGAAGCCAUGGACUCCACUGAUGAAGCCACUAAACUGAAGAGAGGGUUCAUGCUCGUGUCAAGGCGCCAGAGAGAACCAGCUUUGCUCCAUACCCUGAGCUGCAAACAUGAUGGUUGGGCCAGUAUUGGGAAAUACUUGACUGAUGAUGUCCCGUUGUUGCUAAGUUCCCGUAGCAUCAAGGAUGUAAGAGAUGUCAUUUCCACUGUUUUCUCUUCUCUACCUUCAGAUAUCACAGAAUUCAUUAAGUGGGUGGCAGAGGUUCGCCUUGCGAAGGAUGGUGGUCUACCUCUAAGUGAACAAGAGAAAGUAAAACUCGAAUUUAAGGAAAAAGUGUUGAAGCAAGUGCAAGAUACUAGCCUUUACAAGCAUGUAACAGAUGCAUUGUCUUCAAAGAAUUGCUUUUGCAAGAGAGAACAAAAUUCUUUGCCAAAUACUGUAGCAAGUGCUUGUUGCAACAAUGCAAGGGAAAUGAGACACACUGUUGAUGAGAACAAUGCUUGUGCCACGAAAAUCUUGAGAGCAGAAGCAAACGGUGCUGGAGAGGUCGCAGUUGAUGUUGGUUUUGAGUCACAUUGCUACUCCAGCAUGCCCCAGGCAAGCAACCAUGUGUUGACGGUGCUUCUCUUUGCCUUGCCCCCGGAGACAUGGCGUGCUGUUGUAGAUGAACAAGUGUGGGAGGAGAUAUGUGGUCUUGUUUCAAUUCAGAAACUUCCUCCACUGCUUCAAGAUGAGGUUUUGCACUUGAGGGGUCAACUCUUUGUGCUCAAGAGAUGCAACAAUGACUGCGUAGAACAUGAUUUAGAUGCUCUCCUUAUCUAGAUUUUGUUAUACAUAUUUCCAUAUUAAAAUGUUGUAGUAGUAUUUGUAAAAGGUGAUAUACAUGAAAUAAGGGCCCUAGGGUCAUCACCUGCCAAGUUUACUAUUCAGUAAACUAUCCCAUUAUUGAAGAACAAAUUAUGUGAAGAAUUGAAAUACACAUACUCUGGAAUCUUGUUAAAUUAUGUAAUAAGAUACAAUUAUAUUUCUUCUAUA